AUUCUCACGCUAUCACUCCGCCUCCAUUAGCUGCCAGGCCGGGGGCGGAUCUGCUGCGUUGUAGAAGAAAAAAAAGAGAGAGAGAGACCGAGCAGGAUCGUACCCGGAGAGAGGAAUCCGGAGCAGACGUCAGCCUUGGCCCGGGGUUCCGGAGAGGCGGCUGUCACUGAUCGUACAAGGAGGGAAGGAGAUCGGAGGAAUAGAGAAGGACUGGUCCGGCCAGGGAGGGGGGUGCUCAGAAGCCAUGAUGUGUAUACAGCCCGGUGAUGUGUCCGGGUCAUGACACUGCACAGCCGGUGACGAUCUGGGACACCGAGGAGGACUGUGUGUGUAUAGACUCAGCCGAUCUCCCCAUACACCGCCCAAUCCGGCCUGUGUGAGGACAGCCGAUCAUCGCCUACUUCCCUACACUGUGCACCUUUACGUGAAAGAUGAAAAAGUUUAAGAGAAGGCUCUCUCUCACGCUGCGAGGCAGUCAGACCAUAGACGAGUCUCUAUCUGAACUGGCAGAGCAAAUGACCAUUGAAGAAAACAGUAGUAAGGACAACGAACCUAUUGUGAAGAAUGGCAGGCCUCCAACAUCUCAUAGUAUGCACUCCUUCCUUCAUCAAUACACAGGAUCCUUCAAGAAGCCACCACUGAGAAGACCCCACAGUGUUAUAGGUGGAAGCCUUGGCUCAUUUAUGGCAAUGCCCAGGAAUGGAAGCAGACUAGACAUUGUGCAUGAAAACCUGAAAAUGGGAUCUGACGGAGAAAGUGACCAGGCCUCUGGAACCUCAUCUGAUGAAGUCCAGUCACCAACAGGUGUUUGCCUCAGGAAUAGGAUACACCGGAGAAUUUCAAUGGAGGACCUAAAUAAACGUCUGUCACUUCCGGCUGACAUAAGGAUACCAGAUGGGUAUUUGGAGAAGCUGCAGAUAAAUAGCCCACCCUUUGAUCAACCUAUGAGCAGGCGAUCACGGAGAGCAUCACUGUCUGAAAUUGGUUUUGGAAAGAUGGAAACUUACGUCAAACUGGAGAAGCUUGGAGAGGGAACUUAUGCCACAGUAUUUAAAGGAAGGAGUAAACUGACUGAGAACCUUGUAGCAUUAAAAGAAAUUCGUUUGGAACACGAAGAAGGCGCCCCUUGUACAGCCAUUAGAGAAGUUUCGUUAUUAAAGGACCUGAAGCAUGCAAACAUUGUCACAUUACAUGACAUUGUUCACACGGAAAAAUCAUUGACACUUGUUUUUGAAUAUCUGGACAAAGAUUUGAAGCAAUAUAUGGACGACUGUGGAAAUAUAAUGAGUAUACACAAUGUAAAGAUAUUUUUGUAUCAAAUUUUAAGGGGUUUAGCUUACUGUCACAAAAGAAAAGUUCUUCACCGAGACUUAAAGCCACAGAACCUCCUUAUCAAUGAGAAAGGGGAACUGAAGUUGGCUGAUUUUGGUUUGGCCAGAGCAAAAUCUGUUCCUACAAAAACCUAUUCCAAUGAGGUUGUCACAUUAUGGUACAGGCCGCCAGAUGUCCUCCUCGGGUCUUCUGAGUAUUCAACGCAAAUUGACAUGUGGGGUGUUGGAUGUAUAUUUUUUGAGAUGGCUUCUGGAAGACCUCUAUUUCCUGGGUCCACUGUAGAAGAUGAACUUCAUUUAAUUUUCAGGCUUCUAGGCACUCCAACAGAAGAAACCUGGUCAGGAAUUCCUUCAAAUGAUGAAUUCCGAAAUUACAACUUUCCCAAGUACAAACCUCAACCACUUCUCAAUCACGCACCAAGGUUAGAUUCGGAAGGAAUUGAGUUAUUAACACGGUUUCUUCAGUAUGAAUCCAAGAAGCGGAUUUCAGCAGAAGAUGCUAUGAAGCAUGCUUAUUUCAGAAGUCUUGGAACAAAAAUGAAUAGCUUGCCAGAAAAUAUAUCGAUAUUCAGUCUUAAGGAUAUCCAGCUGCAGAAAGAUCCCGGCUUCCGAAAUUCUUCCUAUCCAGAGACAGGGCACGGCAAGAACAGACGACAGAGCAUGCUCUUUUAAGAUGUUUUUCCUAUCACAGUUUCAUAUGUACAUUGGAAGCUUCUAUGGCAACUUUUACUUCUGGUGGACUAAGGACUAUCUGUUUGUCGACAUUGACCUGCCUACAGUGGGGUCGUUUUAUUUCAGGCCUGCAGAUUUCUAUAUAUAUAUAUUUUUUUUUUU